CGACAGCUUGUCCAGAAUCCCCUGCUUCACGAGUCGACGAGAGAUACCCUCACGCGCCCACCCAGGAUUCUCCCCAAGCAACAACACAUCAUGAGGGUGUCCGCCAUUGCCUGCGGGCUUUUCGCCUGCUUCGUUUCCCAGGUCGCUGCCACGGCAUUGACCUACAAGCUCCACGCCAACGAGAAGGCCUGCUUCUACGCCAAGACCCAGAAGGAUAACGAGAAGAUUGCCUUUUACUUUGCCGUCCAAUCCGGUGGCUCUUUCGAUGUCGACUACACCGUCACCGGCCCGGGCAACAAGAUGAUCCUCGAUGGAGCCAAGGAGCGCCAGGGUGACUUUGUCUUCACGGCCCAGCAGAUGGGCGACUACGAGUUCUGCUUCAACAACGAGAUGAGUACCUUUGCCGAGAAGUUUGUCGACUUCGAGAUUGCCGUCGAGAACGAGGUUCGCGCUCAGCUUCCCGCCAAGCAGGGCGCCUCUCCCGAACAGCACUCCACCCUCGAGGAGACCAUCUUCAAGCUCUCCGGCCAGCUCUCGACCAUCUCGAGAGGCCAAAAGUACUUCCGCACCAGAGAGAACCGCAACUUUAGCACCGUCCGCAGCACCGAAGGCCGCAUCAUCAACUUCAGCAUGAUCCAGUGCGCCCUCAUCGUGCUUAUGGGAGCUCUGCAGGUGUUCAUCGUUCGCUUCUUCUUCCAGGGCGCGCGCAAGGGCUACGUAUGAACGGCGCAACGAACCAAAAAAGUUAUUCUGGAUUUCAUCGCGGCGCGGGGUAAAAGGAGUCACCAGGGACUCGUGUAUAUCACAAGUAAAAAGAGACUUGAUGUGGUUCACGGUAUGAGAUAUCUACGACGAUCAAAAUUCAGCGCUGUUGUCAUGAAGAAGGGAGUCUGCGGGUCGACUGGCCCGUAACUGGGAGCCUUGGAGCACAUGUAGCACCGGUACCGGUAGUGGACUUGAUGAAUGGUUUAAUGAGUGUUCUCCCUA